AUGUCCAGUCAAUUCCCAUCGCUGAAGCGAACCCAGACGGAUCUCCCCGCUCAGUCAUCGAGUCCGCUACGAAACGGGUCAACCGCGUCCACUAGCUCCUCUGCAUACUCGGUCGCAUCGAGUUCAUUUGCUCCAAGCCGGACGAGUACGGUCUCUUCUAAUGCGUCCAUACAAAGCAACCUAGGUCACCACCGAGGAAAGAGUGAGGCAAGUGUCCUAAUGGAGUCAACAAAUGGAGGGUUUUCGGCGAGUGCUGGGUCGACAUAUGAAAACAUUCGCCGGUCUUUACGGCCCCUACAACAAGCACCCAACGUCAGUCCAGCACCCUCCAAGCCUGCAUAUCGACACUCUCGCAGCUAUACCACCGACCAGCAACAUUACUCCAAGCAUGCGCGACCAAGUACGCCCGAGUUACACCAUGUUCAUUUUAAGGAGAAUGAAUCGCCCCGAUAUAAAUCCCCUGCCUUCGAGCCUCAGACUCCUCCACAUGGAUCUUCGCCCCGUCACUGGUCACCCACUCCAACUCCAGGAUCUUCGCGGCCUUCGUCACCUCAAAAGGCUCUGCCUGGAAGCCCGCUUCCAGCCCAAAUUACGACAGCCAUCUCCGCACCAGAGCUUGAAACGUUCCAAAAAUCAUCCACACGCCAUCUCAGAACGUUAUCCAAGUUUGCUCAAUCUGGCGAAGGCGAGGAGUUUCAACUCGCGUCUGCAACAACCUCUGUAGUUGGUCUACAAGGACGGCGACGAUUAAAGCGAGCGAACUCAGUGGCUGGAAGCAGUGGCUCGAUAUCACCAGUAAAACCCAAAGUGUCAUCAUGGGCAGCAGGGAAGUGGAUGGAUCAACAGCGGCAAUUCCUGCAAGCGUACGAAUACUUGUGUCAUAUUGGUGAGGCCAAAGAGUGGAUUGAAGAAGUUACGAAGAAGGAAAUUCCCCCAAUUGUUCAGCUAGAGGAGGCUUUGAGAGAUGGUGUGACCCUCGCGGAGGUGGUCCAAGCCAUGUACCCCGACCGGGCUUUGCGCAUCUUUCGAAAUGCAAAGCUACAGUAUCGCCAUUCAGACAACAUUGCCUUGUUCUUCCGCUUCCUUGACGACAUCCAACUCCCCGAGCUUUUUCGAUUCGAGCUCAUCGAUCUUUAUGAGAAGAAGAAUCUCCCGAAAGUCAUCCACUGUAUUCAUGCCCUUUCUUGGUUGCUGUUCAAAAAUGGCAUGCUGGACUUUCGCAUGGGUAACCUAGUUGGUCAGCUUGAAUUCGAGCAUCAUGAACUCGAGAAAACUCAGAAGGGUCUUGACAAAGCGGGUGUUAGCAUGCCGAGCUUUGCAGGCAUGGCUGCCAACUUCGGCGCUGAGCCCGAGCCCGAGCCCGAGCCCGAGCCAGUUGAAUCGGAAGAAGAGCGAAUUGACCGCGAGCUGCACGAAAAUGAAGGCGCGAUUUCCGAUUUCCAGGCUCAGAUUCGCGGAGCGAUCAUGCGCUUGAAGCUUGGCAACACGAUGAAUGACCUUUGGGAUUUUGAGCCUUUGCUCAUUGAACUGCAAUCCCGUAUACGUGGUGACUGGGCUCGUCAAAUUAGCCAUUACCGUCUCGAGAUGCGUCAGUUUGCAGUUCAAUUGCAAGCAGUUAGCCGCGGAUUUAUUGUACGCCACCGGCAGCAAGGUGACAUGCAAAUUCGAAAAGACCAAGAGUGCGAUAUCCUUGAGCUCCAGAGUCUCAUCCGGGCUUCCAAGUUGCGAGCCCAGACCAGCUUAUUACAGACCCGGAUUCGAAAAGAGCAGUCUGGAAUUAAGAGCUUCCAAGCCGCAAUCAGAGGUGCUCUCCAGCGAAAGAUUGUGGCUGACCAAUAUGAAGACACUCGCUAUGCGGAGGAUAAUGUCACAGCUCUCCAAGCGGCCAUUCGGGGUGCUCUUCAGCGAAAGUUGGUCACUGCUCAGUACGAUGAAACUCGGUUCGCGGAGAACAAUGUCACUAGUCUUCAAGCAGCAAUUAAAGGGGCUCUCCAACGAAAGGUGGUCGCCGAUCAGUACGAAGAAACUCGAUCCGCGGAGAACAAUGUAACCGCCCUUCAAUCGGCGAUAAGGGGUGCCCUCCAGCGAAAAAUGGUUGCUGAUCAAUACGACCAAACUAAAUAUGCGGAGACUGCUGUGAUCGCUCUUCAAGCAGCCAUCCGUGGCUCUUUACAACGGCAGCAUAUGACUGUACAGUCGCAGCAAGUCGAGAAAGCCAACAGUCCAGUCAAGUCUCUUCAGGCUGUGAUUCGUGGCAACCUUGCUCGUCAGAGCAUGGCCCAAGUCAAGGCUUCCCUACAAGAAGAGAGCGAUGCUGUCACCAUACUACAAGCAGGGGCCAGGGCACUUGCGUCAAGGACACGCCAUCUGCAACUGCUGGAUGCUUUGUCAAAAACCCGGAAUGAGUGCACAGAAUUCCAAGCCUGCGUACGGGCUGCCGCAAUCAGGCAGAGCUGUGGAGUUCUCCGUGGUGAAUUAGCCGAACAUACUUCAUCGGUCACUUCUCUGCAGACAAUCAUCCGAGCGAACGCUCUGCGAGAUUUCUUGAACUUGCAAAAUGAGGCGCUUAUGAACGCCGAGAGUUCUGUGUUAGAUGUCCAGUCUAUGGCCAGGGGCUUGAUUCAGCGUACUCACCGGGAUAUCGAACGGAAAGCACUGGAGAAGCACGAGCAUGCCAUUGUGGAGCUUCAGGCACUUUCUCGCGCCGCCAUGGAGCGCAUGAGGGUUGGUGGAAUUCUCAAUAGCCUUGAAGACUGUGAAGAAGAUGUUGUUGAGGUUCAAGCUUUGGCCCGCGCGAUGAUCCUUCGAAUCCAGGUUGGCGAGAUGCUUGCAGACCUAGAAGAUGAGGAAGAUAUCAUUGCUGACCUGCAAGCGCACAUUCGUGGGACCAUCGUCCGGAAUCGCUUCGAGGAAAGACGCCGUCAUUAUAACACGAACAUGGAGAGGGUCAUCAAGGCGCAAAGUGUCAUUCGCGGUCGGAUUCAAGGACGGGCGUACAAAAGCUUGACCACUGGUAAAAAUCCACCCGUUGGUACCGUCAAGGGCUUUGUCCAUCUCCUCAAUGAUAGCGAUUUUGACUUCGAUGAGGAAAUCGAAUUUGAGCGACUAAGAAAAGCCGUCGUUCAACAAGUCCGACAAAAUGAGAUGGCAGAACAAUACAUCAGCCAGCUGGACAUCAAGAUUGCUCUGCUCGUCAAGAACAAAAUCACCCUCGAUGAAGUUGUCAAGCACCAAAAGCAUUUUGGUGGUCAUAUUGGUAACUUGCUAUCAAACACUGAUAUCUCUUCGAAGGAUCCGUAUGAUCUUAAGGCUCUGAACAAAACCUCCAGAAGAAAGUUGGACCAGUAUCAAGUGUUUUUCUUCCUUCUCCAGACCCAGUCACAAUAUCUUGCAAGAUUGUUCCGGCGGCUUCGCGAGAUCAACACUUCAGACAAGGAGUAUGAAAGAAUCAGACAUCUAAUGAUGGGCCUCUUCGGGUACUCACAGAAGAGACGAGAAGAAUACUAUCUUCUGAGGCUUCUUGCACGCUCUGUCAAAGAAGAUAUCGAAGGUUUCACGUCUCUGUCCGAGUUCCUGCGCUGUCAUUCCUUCUGGAACAAACUGUUCGGCUCCUAUGCCAAAUCACCCCGCGACCGCAAGUUCAUGCGUGAUGUGUUGGGUGCGGUAGUGAAGGAGUCAGUCAUUGACAACCCUGAACUCGAUCUCGAGAGCGACCCGAUACAGAUUUACCGCUCUUCCAUCAAUAACGAGGAGCUUCGCACGGGUCAACGCAGUCGACGACCGACAGACCUUCCUCGAGAAGAAGCAAUCAGAGAUCCCGAGACCAGAGAAACUUUCAUUCAAAAUUUGCAAGAUCUACGUGACGUUGCCGACCAGUUCUUUGCGGCCCUUGAAGAUUUCUUGUACCGCAUGCCAUAUGGUAUUCGAUACCUGAGCAAGCAAAUGUACGAGAACUUGCUUGCGCGUUUCCCGAACGAAGACCCUGGGUUCGUUCUCCAGACAGUUGGUCACUGGGCGUGGAAGAGUUACUUCCAACCGGCUUUGUUAGAGCCAGAGAAGUAUGGUGUGGUGGACCGAGGCUUGACACAAGAGCAGAAGAGAAACAUUGGGGAAAUUGCAAAGGUAGUUGCGCAGGUCGCUUCUGGUAGACUCUUUGGAGCUGAAAAUGUUUACCUUCAACCUUUGAACACCUACAUUGGCGAGUCAAUACAGCGGCUAGGACGCAUUUGGGGACAGAUGAUCUCGGUCCAGGAUGCAGAAGCCUAUUUCGACAUUGAUGAAUUUAACGAUCUUUACGCCAAGGCUAAACCGACUUUGUACAUUAAGAUGUCCGACAUUUUCUCUAUCCACCAACUUGUCGCCUCACAGAUUGACUCUAUGUGUUCACACCCGGAGGAUUUCCUCAAACAGCUUGUCAGGGACCUGGGCAAUGUGAAGAGCAAUGAGAAUGAACUUAUGAGUGUCAGCUCGACUGAGAUCAACCUCACACUCAAUCCAAAAUUGGCUCAGGUUGAAGAUCCGGAAGCAGCCAUCAAGACCCUCUUUAUGGAGACUAAGCGAUGUAUACUUUAUAUCAUCCGUGUUCAAAGUGGUACCAACUUGAUGGACAUUAUGCUCAAGACACCGAGUCACGAAGAUGAAGAACGCUGGGAUACUUUGGUGAGAGAAGAGCUGAACACCGGCAACCCACGCAGAGGUGCCUACUCCGAGGCUAGCACUUUGGUCGAUAUUGGCUCGAUGAGCUACACAGAACUGAAGGGGACUGCUUUGGAGAACAUACUUCGUCUCGAGCAAGCUGGCAAAAUUAGUCGACAAAACCACUACCAGGAUCUACUGAACGCUAUCGCCAUUGAUAUCCGAACAAAACAUCGUCGGAGAAUCCAGCGAGAGCGUGAACUGGAGGGUGCACGCCAAACCUCACUCCGUCUAAGUGAUCAAGCUUCCUAUCUGGAGGGACAACUCAAGACCUACAACGAUUACAUCGAGCAGGCCAUGAUCACACUUCAGAACAAGAAGGGAAAGAAGCGAUUCUUGAUGCCAUUUACCAAGCAAUGGGAUCACCAGCGAGAACUUCAGAAAUCUGGCAAGGUUUUCAAGUUCGGAUCUUACAAGUACUCUGCUCGCAACCUGGCUGAUCGUGGUGUGCUGGUUGCCUGGAAGGGUUACUCUGAUCGGCAAUUUGAUCGGGUGGAUUUGACAAUUUCUAGUAACGAAGUGGGCGUGUUUACCAUUGACGGCAGUAGUGGUAACAUGAUGGUCCCUGGUGCCAAUGCACAGGUACCACUGGAUGACCUAUUACAAGCCCAAUUCAACAACACACAAUACAUGGACUUCUUCGACGGGCAGAUGAGGGUCAAUGUGAACCUUUUCUUGCAUCUGAUCAUGAAGAAGUUCUACAAUGAAUGA